CUUUUCGGGGACCCUCACUGACACCCGCCGUUCUCUCCCUCUGAGAGCGGGGGUGGAGCGGAGAGAGAGACGGCCAUGCCACUGACCAAAGCCCAGUACGAAGAGAUUGCCCGGGUCGUGGCCCAGGUGCCCCCCACCAGGCAGAGCCUGAAGACGCUGAAGGGCAGGUUCCCGAGUCAAUCGCAGUCCACUCUGCUGAGCAUCUUCUCCCAGGAGUACCAGAAAGUAAUUAAAAAAACACAUGCCAAACAUCAUACUCCAGAGGCAACGGAAGCUUACUAUCAAAGGUACCUGACGGGAGUGACCACAAAUGCAGCUUCUCCUGUAUUAUUGGAACUGGCCAAUGAGGUGGGUUUUGCUCCAUCACUGGUGGCUCGAAUAGUGCUGGAAAGAUUCCUGCAAGAAGGAGGAGGACCAGUCCCUUCCAAAACUCUUAUAAACAGUAUGCUGCGAGACCCUUCUCAGAUUCCAGAUGGAGUCUUAGCCAACCAGGUCUAUCAGUGUAUUGUCAAUGACUGUUGUUAUGGACCACUGGUGGACUGCAUCAAACAUGCUAUUGGACAUGAACAUGAAGUCUUACUGCAAGAAAUCCUCUUGGAGAAAAAUGUGUCUUUUUUAGCUGAAGAUCAGUUACGUGCGAAGGGUUAUGACAAAACACCAGAUUUCAUAUUAGAAGUGCCAAUUGCUGUAGAAGGGCAUAUCAUUCAUUGGAUUGAAAGCAAAGCCUCUUUUGGUGAUGAGUGCAGCCACAAAGCCUACCUCCAUGACCAGUUUUGGAGCUACUGGAACAGAUCAUUGGCGCACAUCUGCAAGGAAGCUUUGUCUCUAAGCCAGAAGAAGUCCUACUACUACCUUUGUAAUGAUAUGGUCAAAAUUGUCCUAAACAUGCAAGUUCCUUUAAAAAGCUCUUUUCCAGGAGCAGGUGCUUACAUUUAUUCUCUGUCAUUGUGAAAAAUUGUAGGAGAAGCCAUGUUGGCCUUAAGAUUCCAAAGUCUGUGUUACGGUGAUCCUUUUAUUAGGCAAAUAAAAAAAGAUAUAGUCAUUCUGUGGAUGAUUUUAAGUUACUUUUCAUUGAGCACAGUGUUAUAAAAAGUAAGGAAGAGAGCUCAGUGUUAGAGCAAAAUCAUCUGCAUUUGUUUGAAGAUGUAAUGGGGAAGAAGCUGCAGUGAGCACACUGUUCAAAUGUUAGGUCUCAGGCUGCAUGGAUCCUAGCUUUGCUGGGAACAAGAAAGAUUGUAAAAACCAAUAAACUCUGAAUCUGCAUUUUGAAAAUUCAAGAACUCCUUUUCAAGUGAGAGCAAUCUCUAUCCGGUGAGAAGCUAAUAGCUCUGUUAUAGAAAGAGAAUCUAAGGCAACUUCGGUACUGUGAAAGGUGGGUAUGAUUUUAAAUGACGGAUCAAGUAAAGUAAGUCAAUAUGAGCCAGUCUAAGUAGUUUUACCUUGUAUUGAAGGGAUGAACCCUUAGAAAUUAAAAGUCCCAGUUUAAGUUGCACGGAAUCUGCUUCUCCCAGUGUAUAGUCUCACCUCUGGUAUGUCUAAAGUAACAACCCAAGAUUGUUUUUCAAAAAAGCAGGGGAUACCAGUUGGCUAUAAGACAAAUUCCAAAAUGCAUGUUGUGCAAAUUCUCUGUGUAGGUUAAAAGAAAAAUUCUUCAGCAGGCAUGUUACAAAAAGGCGAGUGGGGAGGCAUAAAGUUAGUGUGGUGUGCAUGUUUACUAAAGAUGUGAUUAUGGAAAACAAUAGCUAGUGGGCUGUUCAUUUAUUAGGUUUAAGCCUGAAUGGACCCUGGCUUUUGCAGGGAACAAGAAAUGCCAAACAAUGUAAUUAUCUGGAUUGCUUGGAGAUACUUAUCUACUUCAUCCACACAGCCUCAAGAAAUAAGCCCAUGCCUUUUAUCAUUUUAAAUAAUAUGAGUAAGUUCUGUCCUGUGUUAGUUUUUUCACAUACACUGAUCAAGUGGAUGGAUACAUGAAACUAUGUUGUACCAAGCCAGGCCAAAAUGACUUAUCUAUCCCAGUAUUGUCUACUCUGACUGGCAGCAUAUCAU